GCUUUGUUUUUCGGAAUGCGUGCGGCAUUAUGGAUUAUCUGUAAUAAUGGGAUGUUUGAGAUUGCUAAUUUAGGUAGGGUUUUAUUUUUUUAAUUUGUUUUGAUCCGAGGUCGUUUUCGAAUUCGGGGAUGGAAUUGAAGGUGAGGAACGUUGGACCAAUGUGGAGGAGACAGCUAAAAGAUGCUUGGGUUAUGGAAGUGCUUGUUAUAGCGAUGGUGUAUUCGUGUCCUUCGCUGAAGUCUCGUCCCAUGGAAAAUGCAAACCUACCAACAUCAAAGAAAAGCACCAGCAGCAUCCUUUCUCCAUUCUCUUCGCAAGUUGGACAAGUGGAGAAAUGUCGUCUGCUGGCGGAGAGGAGGGAAUGAUGAUGACCUUGUCGAUGAGGAAGAAGCGGCAGCAGCGAGUUGAGAAGUUUAGUCCCAAGGGAUUGAGGGUUUUACUUGUUGACGACAAUCCUCUGUGUGUUGCGUCUCUGGAGAGAAUGCUUCUGCAAUGUCAGUAUAAUGUGACAUUGUGUCCGCGCGUAUCGCAAGCGGUUUCGUUGCUGUCGGAGAGCAGAGGGAGGUUUGAUAUAGUUAUGUGCGAGGUGUAUUUGCAGGAAGAUGACGGCUUUAAAUUACUGGAGAUCGCCGGGUUGGGGUCAGAUUUGCCUGUUGUAUUGAUGUCUGCAAAAGGAGAAACGAGCGUGGUAAUGCGAGGCGUAACACAUGGCGCCUGUGAUUUCUUGAUCAAACCGAUUCGAAUGGAGGAGCUCCGCAACAUUUGGCAGCAUGUUGUUCGGAGGAGGCAUCGACAGCCGUACCAGGAGCACUGUAAGUUAAAUACUUAUGUGUGGGACGACAGUAUGGGAGGCGUUCUAUCCGACGGCGGGAGAACAAAGGAUUCUGCCGAGUGUUGUUCGAAAAAGAGAAAAGAUCAAGCUCCACUUCAGGAGAGUGACACGGAGCAGAUCAUUGAAGACAUCAGCGGCCUCAAGAAGGCUCGUGUGCAUUGGACCGUCCAGCUCCAUCAACAGUUUAUCAGUGCUGUAAACCAGCUGCAAAUCGACAAGGCGGUUCCUAAGAGGAUACUAGAAAUCAUGAAAGUGCAGGGCCUCACUCGAGAGAACGUUGCGAGCCAUUUACAGAAGUACCGGCUCUACUUGAGGCGUCUGAGCGGGACAAUUCCAGAGCCACGACCGAUUGCUUCGUUCCAGGCUGCCGGAGAAGGCAAAUCCGGUGGUUCCAUGCAAAUCCGGCAAGGCGGCCGUAAUAAUCAGCAACAACAGCAGGACCAGUACAACCAGCAUCAAUCCCUCUCGCCGCCCUCCACUUUGAAGGCUUUAAAUAUUCGAGGCGGCGGAACGACAUCUUCUUCUCGGAGCAGUGGCGGCUGCGGCAAUGGAGUCAUAGACAAAGCAACCCUAAUUUCCCUGCAACAGUACCAAGCUUACGAGCAGAAGCAGGCGGCCGCAAUUGAGGCACAAUCAAGUUCCAUAGGAGGUCUCCAUAUCGAAACCAGUGGGGGUUUAUCUCGUAAAUCGCGAAAGAAGAAUCGCUUUGCAACUGACAACCCUAUGGCGGUGCCUGUUGCUGCGCCUGACGGCUUAAACAGCAGCAACAAUAAUAUCUCUGUCAAGGUUGAGGACAUCAUCGCCAAUUCACAAUCCUCCUCCCUUUCAUUCACAGGUUCCACUGGAAAGAUAUCGUUUAAUGCUCAAGAAGAACAAAAGCCUGAGAAAUUCUCAUCAUGGAAUGACACGGAAGAUUUGUUCGUGGACAAGUUUGUUCACGAAUAUGAGUUUCCUAAUUUAGCAGUCCCCGAUCAAGAUUUUAUGUCAACUUCUGCUAUGCCUGUUGCUGCAGAUAUUUCAGAUUAUCUCAUUGACGAUUUGCUGGCUCAGUCUAAGUGAGCAAAAUCGUCAUGGCUGACCUUACUGUUAAAAGCUGUUCUGUUAUACUCAUCAUCUCUCUCUCCCUAUAUAUAUAUACACUAUACUCUCAGAAACUCAGGUACGUAAAGUUUGCAUCUUUCGUUCCUUUACGUAAAUAUAAUAAAACCAAUGAAGGCUUGUUAUGUAAAACAAAUUCUAGUUUGGAUUAUAAAAUAUGCUCAAGAGUUUUUACAG